AUGUUGCCGAAACACAGCAAAAUGCCAGCUAUUAAGGAUAGUCACAUCGUGAAGAUUGCGGUUGAGUACGUGGACAACACGCCACAGAUGUACCCGCAGCUGAUCGAGUUCGACCAGCGGCAACCGCUCAGUGCGAUUAUUCAGAACCUUUGCAGCUCGUGGGGCAUACCGGAUGCGGAAAGUUACGCCCUUCAGUUCGAUGGCAUCAACUACGUGACGGAAAAGAACCGGAACGAGGUGAAAAAUGGGACGGUGCUCAAGUUGCGUUUUUCUCCUUCGAAAACGACCAACGAUAUCCUGGAGAAGUUGCGAAGCGGCACCGACGAUGAGAAGGUGGCCGAACUGAAGGAGCUGCAGGUGCUGAGUGCGGAUAACACGUUUGCGCUGGAGUUUAUCAAGGAGCAAGGGUUACGCCUAAUCAUUGCGCUGAUUGAGGAUACUGAUUGUGAAGAACGUAUCCUAGAUUUAGCGCUCUGCUCGUUCGUACAGCUGAUGGAGCACGGUACCAUCUCGUGGGACAUUCUCGAACCAUCGUUCAUUAUGCGUAAUGUGGCGUUCAUAAAUGGGCCUUCAAAGCCGGAAAUCAUUCAAUCGGCUCUUUCCAUCCUCGAGAAUAUUGUGCAGAGCAGCAACAAGUAUGCGCUGGUGGAGAAGGAAAUAACGCUUGAAACGUUGCUGAAGCUGUUGCGUGACGCGUCUCGGACGCAGGUGCAGCAGAAUGCAAUCGCACUGCUGAAUGCGCUGUUCAUCAAGGCGGACGAUACGAAGCGACGUUUGUUAGCGGCAACGCUCGGCUCUAAACAGUACCGAAGCGUUAUCAAUAGCGUCAUAACGCCGUCAAUGGGUGCUGAAAUGGCACACCAGCUGUAUGUGCUGCAGACGCUUACGCUGGGAUUGUUGGAGCAACGCAUGAAAACCGCAAUGGAUGUACAGGACCAGGACGCGCAGGAGAAAAUAAAGGAACUACGGCGUAUAGCAUUCGAGGCGGACGGAGUCGAUCCAAUGCCGGAUGUGACCGCCAGACGUCAGCACGGUUCGUCCUACUCGAGCCACUACAAAAAGCUUGGCUUUAAGUGUGACAUUAAUCCGGCGCAGGACUUCUUCGAAACACCUCCCGGCACGCUGGCCCUAGACUGUAUGAUCUAUUUCGCUCGCAACUACACGCAAAGCUACACAAAGGUGGUGCACGAAAACAGUUGCCGGGCGGACGAGCACGAGUGUCCGUUCGGGCGCACCAGCAUUGAGUUGGUCAAGGUGCUGUGUGACAUUUUCCGUAUCGGUGAAUCUCCUUCCGAGCAGGGGCAAGAGUUUUAUCCCAUGUUUUUCACGCACGAUCACCCGUUCGAGGAGUUUUUCUGCAUCUGCAUCGUGGUGCUAAACAAGACGUGGAAAGACAUGCGUGCCACGACGGAAGAUUUCGUGAAGGUGUUUUCGGUGGUACGGGAACAGAUCGUACGCAGCAUCGUUGGGCGACCGGCUAGCCUGGAAGACUUCAAAGCGAAGAUUCAUACCUUCACGUACAACACCAUCACGACGCUGCGACAGCAGGAGCGUACCUCUCGCGAGGAGUGUGAAUCGACCGCAUCGGCAAUUGUGAGCUUGAAGAAGAAAAUUACGCCAGAAAUACGGGCACUAAUUAAAGAGCAGCGCUUGGGAUAUCUGAUCGUGGGGACACGCUUCUGCAAAUACUCUGGCGGUAAGCGCGAACGUGACAAAUAUUGGUACGUGAGGCUUUCGCCCAAUCACAAGGUAAUCCACUAUGGAGACUGUGAUGAGAAGACGGUCCCAACGCUGGAGGAACUCUCGAACAAGCUGCCCGUUAUCGACAUCCGCCAGAUGCUGGUGGGGAAGGAGUGUCCCCACAUGAAGGAGAUGCGCUCGAAGAAAGCGUCCACACCGCUUGGGUUUUCACUCGUGCCAGAGAGUAGCGAGCAAACGACGCUGGACUUUAUCGCCCCGGAUGAGGCCACGUUCAACUACUGGACGGACGGUAUCAACGCACUGCUCGGACAGCCGAUGACGAGCAAGCAGCAGGAGGAAGACUUUGAAACGUUGCUUUCGAUGGAAAUCAAGCUCCGGCUGCUCGAUACGGAAGGGGUGGACAUUUCGAAGGAUCCGCCCACGAUUCCACCGGAGCCGGAAAACUACGACUUUUGCUUCGACAGUUAA